AUGACUCUGACACAAUUACAACAGAAGGCCGUCGAGGCUACCACGACACAGCAGCUCGCAGUGCUGGGGAGAAAUGACCGGGAGUCUGAGCAGCAGACGGACGCGAGUCCUCGCCCUGGUGACACAAGCAGCCGUGGUGCAUGCGGUGGCACCAGCACCGGCAACAACAACCUCGGUGGCAACAACCACCGAAGCAGUUUAGGGGGUAACAGUUUAGCGAACAGUAACGGAGGCGGCGCGGCUUACGGCAACGGUGAUGGUGGCGCUUCAGGUAUGGAGGGCAGACGAGGCUCGGGCCGCGGCAGCUACAGCUGCGUGUCUUUAGCAGGCAGCAACAACGGCACUGCCGAGUACCCUCGCCAUCAGCAACAGCAUCAGUCACAAGACAACCCCCAGCAGCAGCAGCAGCAUGCCCGUACCUCGUCCGGGGGCGGAGUCUCACGGGUGAUGGUGAGCCGACGGGCUCAGCGGCUCCCCAGUCUGCGUCUCGCGAAUGGCCGGGUUGGAGCGAGCGGAGCGGCCGGCGUCUCGGGCUCUGACGAGGAAGAGGUUCGCUCGCCUCGCUCAGCAGCCGCCUCACAGGCCCUGAGGGAAGACAUUAAGAUUUCUUUAGACACGACCACGUGCACAGACUCACUCAUAACCGCCCUGGAGGAUGAGACCGCCUUCAUGAACGAGUUUAUCUCACACGAGAUGAAUUUCAAGGAGCCCGGUAAGGUGCACUUCGGUGGCGAUGACAUCUCCCUCUACGGCACGCCGAAGGAGGAGAUGGGCCCUUCACAGGCGCCCUCGGCGCCGCAGACGCCGAGCAUCGAGCAGACCAAGCCCUCCUUCUUGAAGAACCAACUACAGGCGCUGUUCCAACCUACCGACAACAAGCUCGCUAUGAAAUUAUUCGGCUCGAAAAAAGCCCUAAUGAAAGAACGCAUACGACAGAAAGCAGCUGGUCACUGGAUCAUCCACCCCUGUUCAAAUUUUAGGUAA